AUAAUUUUGUUGAGGAGAAAUGUAGAAACGCCUUAAGGCUUGUCCAAGGAAACGUCAGCAUCUUUCAUCAGUUCCGGUAAAAUGUCCGUCGAAAUUUACUGUGUAUGCACCUACUAUUUGAUUGCCAUCCUCGGCAUUUGCCUCUUGAUAAUUGCCUAUAUGUUUUACUUAAACAGUCUCAGUGAUUCAACAGCGGCGUGAUUUAAAGCCUUCUUAUGCAACAUUUUCGUUUCAAAGGGCGGCGAUAAGCUAACGCUUACCGUAAGUGGCCCGUCUAGCAUCGAGCCAGCCAAAGAGCCAGUAAAGCGCUGUACAACCCCGAUUACAGUCACAUUUUUCGGCCAGGCGAUGAACGAUGGGAAAUUGGAUUGUAAACGCUGUUUUGUCUUUCACUCCUUCCGCCCAGCGUUCACGUGCGAUAAAUUGUGUGGUGAUUUAGAGAUUUGCCAAGUGGCAAACAAUACAGCAGAAAAAGCGGGGCCUGAAGACAAGAAUCCAUUCUCCAACUAUCUGAAAGACGAUAAUCUUAAUCCGUUUAGCGGAUCAAACAGUAUCGUCUUCAGUAAGAACAAUCCGUUCAUGGAUAUAUCAGGCGGUGCUGAAGACACGGAGACUAAAAGCGAUAAAGGCAGUGCGAGUCCCGUUAAUAGUUUGGAGUCUAAUGAAGACAGCGAUUCUCAUGAAAAAGUCCCGACACCGAUGAGCCCGAAUCUCAGCAAACUGUCCCCAUGGCUCGUCUCUCAAGAGCUGCUUUCCUCUCCAGUUGCGAAAGUGAACACGACGGAAACUGCCAUUAUAAGGAAGUCCGUCAUAACUACGCAACUUUAAGGAUUUUAUCUAUUUAAUGGGACGCGAUACUUCAAAGGAUUUGUGGACUUAUUUUCAACAUCAAGGGUCUGAUGAAUUUCGACCGUGACAAUAAUACAUUCCUGAAGAUUUUGCAUUCUGUACGUGGAAAAUCGCAGUUUUUUAUGUAGCAGAACACUGAUCAGCAGGAACCUUAACGGCCAAUUGUGAUAGAAAACUUCCAGUCAGAGCUAACAAGAUAAAAUCACCAUUCCCAAGCAGUUUCAGCGUCAUUUUUAGGAUAAUCCAAUGAAUUUUAUGGCCGUUGGUUAAGUACUUAAAAGACAUCAGUAUUGAUAGAUCUGCUUCCAAUUGCAAAGUGAUAUGUUUGGAUCUGACGACUCUGAAAUAAAACACUUUUAAAGGGCGCGGACAUUUAGGGUUUUUGUAACGUUAAGUGCCAUUUCCAAUACAGAUGUUUUAUAUUUACAUUAUACUCUCUACUAGAUAUAAUACUCUAUUUGCGCAUUUUAGAGGUUUACUCAAUGUAUCCGUCCUUAGGAAUCAAAAUAUUUCUUGUAAGUUUUAAUAAAUAUAUUUUAUCGACGUUUA